UCGCUGAGAUGGAGAGGACGAGACUUCUCAUCACGCUCAUGUUUUUCCUGUUUUAUCAGAAAAGCAGUUUUGGAGAAGAAGUGGAGAUGAAAGUCAGACCAGGAGAAAACAUCACUCUCUUCUGUGAUCGCUCUCUAAGUGUUGGUUUAUUCAUUGUAUGGAUAAGAAACUGCUCUCACGAAAAUCAACCCUCUCUCAUAAUAGAUUUUAGGCAGGGGUUUAAAUGGGACCUGAAGAUAUUUCAGCGAUUCAGCUUAAUCCACAACCCCUAUAAUAAUUCUCUUGAUCUACAUAUUACUAAUGUCACCGUCUCUGAUCUGGGACUGUACUACUGUGCGGAAGUAGAGAAUAAGGUAAAUAAAGAUGAAAAAGGCAUCAUCUCCUCGUCUAUAGUGUACUAUUAUGGAAACCAAACAACUCGUCUUUCUCUGGAAAAAGUGACUUCCUGUUCUGAAGCCUCUGCACCUCCUGACUGUGUGCUCUGCUGGACGCUGCUGUUCAGUGUGUGUCCGGUGUGUGUUCUCCUCUCCUCACUCCUCUCCUCCAUCUGUGUGUUCUGCCUCUGUUGUAAGAAAUCUACAGAUGCUGCGAAUGAUCAGAAAGACAAGGUAAAAGGUAGAAAUACAGCUGAGUGCACUGAUGAAGAGGUGUGUUAUGCAUCUUUGGAUGUGAUUAGCAAGAGACAAAAACAAGGCAAGACAAAGCGAGUGCAGAGCUCUGACUUCAGUACUUACGCUCAGGUCAGAACGUAAACUGAACAGACAUCAAAUAUAACUGAGCUGGAUUCUGAAACUGUACAAAUAUAAGAAAAAGUGAAGUCAUUUAAAAUCAGAAGGUUAUGGCCUUUUAAUGUAAAAUAAAGGUAAUUCCCAACUCCAAA